CGGCUUCUCACUCACACUCUCUCGCUCAGCAGUACUCAGAGGUAGGGAGCAAAUAUUCUCAGUUGGAAAAGGUGGAGAGAUAAAUUUGAUCUUUUAUUUGUUUUGGUCCUGAGAAAAAAAAGGCCAGAAAAGGAAAAAGAAAGAUGGAGAGGAAGCAGGGAGAGGUGGACCACCUGGAGCGCCCGAGCCCACUGACUGACAAGGAGAGGGUGAUGAUCCAGGACUCGUGGGCGAAUGUCUACCAGAACUGUGAGGACGUCGGGGUUGCCAUACUGGUCAGGCUGUUUGUGAACUUUCCUUCGUCCAAACUGUACUUUAGCCAGUUCAAGCAUAUUAAGGACACGGAGGAGCUGGAACAGAGCUCCCAGCUCAGAAAACAUGCCCAGAGAGUCAUGAACGCCAUUAACACAUUGGUGGAAAACAUUGAAGACUCAGAGAAGAUGGCCUCGGUAUUGAAGUUGGUUGGCAAAGCCCAUGCACUCAGACACAAGGUGGAUCCAGUGUACUUUAAGAUCCUGAGUGGCGUGAUCCUGGAGGUCCUGGCUGAGGAGUUUCCAGAGGUCGUGACACCAGAGGUUGGAGCAGCAUGGACCAAACUCCUGGCUUCUGUCUAUUCUGGUAUCAAAACCGUCUAUGAGGAAGUUGGCUGGACACAACAAUCUACUUCCACCGGCUGAACCCUUUAGAUUAGUACACCACCUCUAACUGGGAUCCUAUUAUUGCUCUGCAGCUUUAAGCAGCAGCAAUCAGAUGACUGUAAUAUUAUAAUGCAGUUUGUUUUUAUCUAUGAUAAUCAUGGACAAUGUAAAAUAGAUAUAAACAUAUAUAUAGCAACACGUACUGUGUCCUUUUUAUAGCUAGUAUUGUGUUUGUUAGAGAAAGAGAUCAACCCUCCCUAUGAUUGUUCCCUUUUGAUGACUAACCCACUGACAAUAGAGAAACGACAAGAAUAUAUCAGCAGAUAUAGAACGGGGGAUAAGAGGUCGCAUUUGACUCGGGUGUGCCUUCUAUUUAAUGUGUUCAUGCACAAACGGAAACAUAAACAGGAUUCUUGUUUAACAUUCAGAUGUUUUACAGAUGUUUCCUUUUAUCAGUCUGCACAUAGUCAUGUCACCUACUGUGACCACUGGAGGAUUUCUACAUUUUCAACAAUAAUGCCGAUGAUUGUACUUUUUUUUCCUUCAUUAUAACUCACAUUUGUACCGUAUGUUUAAAUGAGAAUACUUUAAAGUAAACUGAAAAUAGAAAAACU